GAGGAAUAUUGAAACGGACACGUUUCGCGCUCGACAUGCUAGGUUUCUCCCUACUUCCCCGGCUUCACGCUGGUUUCUAGGCACUCAGAGACGGGCGUAACUCGUUACAGGUAGCAGAGAAUGGGUAGCUUUUUGUCGAGCCUAUUUUCGAGUCUGUGGGGCUCCAAGGAGCUGCGGGUACUGAUUCUGGGACUGGACGGGGCCGGCAAGACAACUAUUCUCUACAGACUACAAGUUGGAGAAGUCGUCACCACGAUACCCACUAUCGGAUUCAACGUUGAAACUGUCACGUACAAAAACCUCAAAUUCCAAGUCUGGGACCUCGGGGGUCAGACCAGUAUAAGACCUUACUGGAGAUGUUACUAUGCCAACACUGACGCCAUAAUCUAUGUCGUGGACAGUGCCGACCGCGACAGAUUAGCCAUUUCGAAAUCUGAACUGGUAUCUAUGCUUGAGGAAGAAGAGCUGAGGACUGCCUUGCUGAUGGUGUUUGCAAAUAAACAGGACAUGGAGGGUGCAAUGACACCGUCAGAGAUCUCCAGUGCUCUCGGCCUCUCUGCUCUCAAGAGCAGGACCUGGGCCAUCUUCAAGACGUCGGCAAUCAAGGGAGAGGGACUGGAAGACGCUAUGGAGUGGUUAGUAAAUUCACUCAAAGGCACGACAUCAUGAAAAAAAGGCACCGCUUCAACAUUUAUUUUGAUUUUUCGUUUCACUCGGUAACGUGACAACGUCAUGCUGAAUUUUUGAUUAUAUAUACCACCUUUCUCUUUUCAAUAAAUCUUUGUACAUGCAACAUCUAACUUAUCACUGUUUUUCACAAGCUAAGAAAUUCCCAUAUUAUUAUAUACAAUCUCUGAAACGACCUAAUGUUUUCGUAAACUUCACAAUUCCCAAUGACGUAAUGAUGACAUCACCAAUCACCAAUCGGAAUCGAUACCAAGUAGUUGGCAGCUGAGGUCCCAGAGUCGAAGACAGUCAUCAUCGUUCAUGGAGCGUGCAGAGCUUUUAUUCACGGCACAGCUGUCCCAAUAUUUGCCUGGAGCAAAGCAGCAUGUUGUCUUCAAUCAAAACCGUCACUCAAUUAAAGUUUUGAGCGGUUUGCAUAGCAGCCAAAAAAAUCAUUAAUCGGAACACUGUGGGAAAAUUAGCAAGAAUAUGGGGUCUCAGGCUCCAGCACAUGAAUUUGCUGGCAUGCCUUAUUUUUACACGAAUUCACCUGAUAUUCCCUCCACCUCUUU